UCCUCGAAACCUACUUCUACUCAUGUAUUUAAAAAAUACAUCCAGUAUCUCUGGACAAUAUCGAACAAAGACACUAUCAGUUAUUCAAAGUUUUAGUACGAUGAACUAAAUCUAUAACUGCAAAUAUAUCUAAAUGCUAUGAAAUAGAACACAGCAAUGCUCUUUCAGCCAUUGUGGGUUUUGCACAUUUUCCACUUGUGUUUCAGCAGGCAGGAAUAAAUAAACCUGACGCCACUGGAUCACAGGGACACGUUUGAUGAGAUGGGAAAAAAACAUGAUGUGUUGACGCUAAACUUAACUGAGCAGAAAUCGCCUAAUUUUAGUUUUAAAAGCUGUGUGUUUGGUUGAGAGGGUUUGAAAUUGAUUGUUUUUUUUUAGCUUUUUAUCUUUAAAUCACAGCAGGAGGAUAGUAGGAGCCACUGUUUCCUCUAAUCUAAUGGCUUAAUUCAUCAAAUUAACCUGGUAAUAUAUUUAUUGUUAAUUUUGUCAAUGGGUAAGUCUUCUCUUGUUAGUGAGAUUGGAGAAUUUGGUGCCAAAUGAUUGUAGAUGCAGGGACUAUUGUGAACUUGACGCGUUUGAGACAAAAGCAUCUGCUCUGUCCUUCCAGAAAUCAAUUCAGACGCGUCUGCAGUUAAACUCCCCCCACCCACCCCUGCCUCAGAAACCUAUUAUGGCCCCAGAAAUAAGGGGGUCCACCCCCCUGGAGAUGUCAACAUCUCGUCCCUCCCUUUGUUGCAGAUUAUCGCCGAAUGAGUCAUUCAAUUCAGCUGCACAAAGGAAGCAGCCGGGCUCUGCCUGUGGCCAAUUUGUUUUCCAUCACUUCUGAAGAGCGCCUGGUUAAAUUAACCCGUCAUCCUGAGUCUGCGGGGAGAAGACAAAGUGAGGCCAUGAGCAAUAAUCACUCAUGUAUGGUGGUAAAUAAAAAGAUGGGUAAACUCUGCCCUCCAGUUGCUGAUCAUCAUACUGCAAAACAAACCCCAAAUCAAAUCUGCCAGCCAGAGAAAAUCUAAUUAUACUCCAUGUAACCGCAAGAUAUAUUGUAGAAAUCACUGAUGUAGUGAUGAAUAUGGCAACUGCUACAGAUGAAAAUGAAAACACAGAGGAAACAAAGAAUCCAGCAUCAUGUUUUUGCUCUUUCCCUUCUUGCAAAGCACCGUGAAUGCCUCACUCUGCUGUAACUGAUCUGUUUAAAACAGCUUAAUCCAGCACCCAGUUCUUUGGUGCCGACGGUCAGCAUAAAUCAAGCUGGUGACUUGAUUGAUUGGCCGAACAUACAGUUUUGAUAAUUAAUUGCGUUGAUCAUUUAUCAAGCAAAAAUGCAGAACAUUUGCAGCUUCCAGCUUCUCAGAUGUUUGCAGCUUUUCUCUGUGGAUUUUGGAUUAUUUUUGGAUCAUCCUUCACCAGUUUCUGAUGUUUUACAGGGUAAGCAAUUACUUGAAACUGUAAGAUUUAAUUAGGAAAUGUAGUAAGCUCCAAAGGUAGUGGUGCACAGUAGGUUUAUGUUUUGGUGACUUUCCUCCACCAUGUCCCUGAUGAUUCAGAUCUUUUUCUCCUCUUUUCCUUGGUAAUAUGGCAAUGACAAAAGCUGAAGCCAGCGUUUCUGUGGAGAUUUAAGGGAAAAAAAAAAACUCAGCCAGGCUCCAUUUGAAUUUCAAAGCCUUGCCAGUGAAUUCAUAAUAGACUUCUGAGUAAGCUCUGUGGCAGCUUAUGGCAUUCCAGUUAUGCCAGUCUCAUAAGAAACACCACCACCACCCCUCCUCCUCCUCUCCCCUUCCUCCCCAACCCAAGUUCCUGCAGCUUGGUGUGAUGGUUUGGCACUGAGCCAUGGCAAAAAAAAAAAAAAAAACAUUAUCACAUUUACACACACGGCAGAACUUCCUCCAUCUCCUUUUAUUUCACAUUUAUUGUCCUGUCUCUCCACAAAUUGUUUCUCCUCCUCUGUCCUCACAUUUUCUCUGGAGCUUCCCGGUCGGAUGCUUCAGCCUGAUCACGAUUUCCUCUCCCUUCCUCCCUCUGUCUCUCUUCUCAUCAUGUCCAUGCAGCCUUAGGCUCUUUUCUCCCCCCCAAGGGAGGAGAGCGCAUGUGGGCGAGAGAGAUAGACAGAAACAAGGAGAAGGACAGAAAGAGAGAGAGAGAGAGAAAAAGGCUGCCGUCACUGGAGGUGCCGGCUCCCGCUACUCCUGUCACUGAAUAGAUGAAGGUAUCACUGGUGGUGGUCACUCACUCCUGAGGUAAAAGAAGGGACAGGAUCUGUGCCGGUGUCUGCAGUGUGGUGGUGGUGGUGGAGCGCCGCAGGAUAGCAGGAUGCCUGCUGGGAGAAGAGGAGGGGAUGGAGCCGGGUCAGGAGGCUGCGGGAUGGCGGCAGCGGCAGCGGGGCCCCCGGGUCGGGCUCUUCAGUCUGGGCUGCGGAUGAUGCUGGCGUGGGGCAUCCUGGUGCUGCUGGCAGGUCGGGGAGGUGCGGAGGCGUGCCCUGCUCCGUGCAGCUGCCUGGGGAACACGGUGGACUGUCAUGGCCUGGGGAUCCACUCCGUACCCAAAAACAUCCCCAGAGGGACCGAGAGGCUUGAUCUGAACGGAAACAACCUGACAGUCAUCACCAAGUCCGACUUCUCUGGCCUCAAACACCUCAGAGUCCUUCAUCUGAUGGAGAACCAGAUCGGUAACGUUGAGAGGGGAGCUUUUGAUGAUCUGAAGGAGCUGGAGAGACUUCGUCUAAACAAGAACCGUCUCAGCCAACUCCCAGAGCUGCUGUUUCAGAAGAAUGAAGCCCUGUCUCGCCUGGACCUGAGUGAAAAUGGCAUCCAGGCCAUCCCACGGAGAGCCUUCAGAGGAGCCACGGACCUGAAAAACCUUCAGCUGGAUAAAAACCAUAUCAGCUGUAUAGAGGAGGGGGCGUUUAGAGCUCUGCGAUCUCUGGAAGUACUCACUCUGAACAACAACAACAUCAGCAGCAUUCCAGUCUCCAGUUUCAACCACAUGCCGAAGCUCCGCACCUUUCGUCUCCACUCUAACUCUCUGCGUUGCGACUGUCACCUGGCCUGGUUGUCCCCGUGGCUGCGGCAGCGGCCGUCGUUAGGCCUCUACACCCAGUGCAGCUCUCCUCCCACGCUGAGGGGCCUCAACCUCGCCGAGCUGCGCAAGGGAGACUUCGCCUGCUCAGGCCACAGCGGCAGCGCCUUCGUUCAGCCGUGCAGCCUGGCGUCCGGCUCCUGUCCUCCGAUGUGCUCCUGCAGCAACAACAUUGUGGACUGUCGAGGGAGGGGCCUCACCGCCAUCCCCGCCCACCUCCCUGAGGCCAUGACUGAGAUUCGUCUGGAGCAGAACGGCAUCAAGUCGGUUCCUCCAGGCGCCUUCACCUCCUACAAGAAGCUUCGACGAAUAGACCUGAGUAACAACCAGAUAUCUGAGAUUGCUCCAGAUGCUUUCCACGGCCUCAGAGCUCUCAACUCACUGGUUCUGUAUGGUAAUAAGAUCACAGAGUUGCCCAGCGGAGUGUUUGAUGGCCUGGCCUCACUGGAGCUGCUGUUGCUGAAUGCCAAUAAGAUCCACUGUAUCAGAGCCACAGUGUUCAAAGAUCUGGAGAACUUGGCUCUGCUGUCGCUGUACGACAACAAGAUCCAGAGUCUGGCCAAAGGCACCUUCAGCUCCCUGCACAGCAUCCAGACACUCCACCUGGCCCAGAACCCCUUUGUGUGUGACUGUAAUGUGAAGUGGCUGGCCGACUUCCUGCGUUCAAACCCCAUAGAGACCAGCGGAGCUCGCUGCGCCAGCCCUCGCCGCCUCGCCAACAAACGCAUCGCGCAGAUCAAGAGCAACAAGUUCCGAUGCUCCGCCAAAGAGCAGUACCACAUCCCAGGCACCGAAGACAGACGUCAGAGCUACGAGUGUAACAGUAAGCCGGUGUGUCCCGCUAAAUGUCGCUGUGAGGCAAACGUGGUCGACUGCUCCAACCUCCGCCUCACCAAGUUCCCUGAACACCUGCCCUCCUCCACCGAAGAGCUGCGUCUCAACAACAACGACCUCUCCGUGCUGGAGGCCACCGGAGCCUUCAAGGGCCUGUCGCAGCUCAAGAAAAUUAACUUGAGCAACAACAAGAUCUCAGACAUUGAGGACGGAGCGUUUGACGGUGCCUCCUCGGUGGUGGAGCUUCACCUGACAGCCAAUCACCUGGAGUCUGUCAGAGGGAGCAUGUUCAAAGGCAUGGAGGGACUACGCAUGCUGAUGCUGAGGAACAACAAGAUCAGCUGCAUCCACAACGGCAGCUUCACGGGUCUGACCAACGUCAGGCUGCUCUCCCUCUACGACAACCAGCUGAGCACCAUCCUGCCCGGAGCCUUCGACACCCUGCCCAACCUGUCCACACUGAACCUCCUGGCCAAUCCUUUUAACUGUGACUGCCGCCUGUCUUGGUUUGGGGCUUGGCUUCGGAGCAGACGAAUUGUGACGGGGAAUCCUCGCUGCCAGGGCCCCGCCUUCCUCCGAGAGAUCCCGCUGCAGGACGUGGCCGUGCCCGACUUCCGCUGCGAGGAUGGCUCUGUGCUGGACGACAGCAGCUGUGCUCCGGGGCCUCAGUGUCCCAGCCAGUGCACCUGUAUGGACACGGUGGUCCGCUGCAGCAACAAACACCUACAGGCUCUGCCCAAGGGGCUGCCCCGCAACGUCACCGAACUGUAUCUGGACGGAAACCAGUUCACCAGUGUUCCUAAAGAGUUAGCCACCUUCAAAUACCUGCAGCUCGUAGAUCUGAGCAACAAUAAAAUCAGCUCCCUGUCCGACGAUUCCUUCUCCAACAUGAGUCAGCUCACCACACUGAUCCUCAGUUACAACUCACUCCGCUGUAUCCCUCCUCUGGCGCUGGGUGGUCUGCGCUCCCUCAGACUGCUCUCUCUCCAUGGCAACGACAUCUCGGAGCUGCAGCAGGGCAUCUUCAGUGACGUGGCCUCCCUGUCUCACCUUGCGAUCGGAGCCAACCCUCUGUACUGUGACUGCCGUCUGCUCUGGUUGUCGGACUGGGUGAAGAGCGGCUACAAGGAGCCCGGCAUCGCCCGCUGUGCCGGCCCCCGCGGCAUGGAGGGCAAGCUGCUGCUCACCACACCCGCCGACAAGUUUCAGUGUCUGGGUCCUGUGGAGGCAUCUGUUCAGGCCAAAUGUAGUCCAUGCAUGACCUCCCCCUGCCAGAACCAGGGCAUCUGCCAAGUCCACGACACACAGUUGUACACCUGCACCUGCAAGGCUGGAUUCACGGGUAAACACUGUGAGACUCCGGUUGAUGCUUGUGUCAGUAAUCCCUGCACCAACGGAGGAACCUGCCUGAGCGACGAACAGACCAGAGGCUUCAGCUGUGCGUGUGCGUUUGGUUUCCACGGCACUUUCUGCGAGGUGAACGUGGAUGACUGUCAGGACCACGGAUGUGAGAACGGCGCCACCUGUGUGGAUGGAGUUGGCAACUACACCUGCUUGUGUCCUCUGAACUACGCAGGUCUGUUUUGUGAAGAAGAGGAAAGUGUGUGUUCUCCAGGCAGAAACCCCUGUCAGCAUCAGUCUACCUGCAUCAGCACACCCACCGGCCCCAGGUGUGUGUGUAUCCCAGGUUGGGUGGGGCCAGACUGCGGUAUAGAUUACAAUGAGUGUGUGGAUCAUCGCUGUCAGAACGGAGCUCAGUGUGUCGACCAUCUGGACGGCUACACCUGCGUCUGUCCACAGGGAUACAGUGGAGAGUUUUGUGAGGUGGCCCUUAAUCCCCCGUCACCCUGCCAGCUGGCUCGGUGUCAGAACGGUGCCCCCUGCGUGGAGAAGACGGGCGCCGCGCUGUGUCAGUGUCUGCCGGGCUUCGAGGGUCAGAGCUGCGAGAAGCUGGUCAGCGUCAACUUCGUCGACAGAGACUCUUAUGUUCAGCUUCAAGACGUCAAGAACUGGCCUCAAGCCAACAUCACGCUGCAGGUGUCAACAGCAGAGGACAACGGUAUCCUGCUCUAUAACGGAGACGACGAGCCAAUCGCUGUGGAGCUCCACCGGGGUCAUGUGAGGGUCACCUACGAUCCUGGGAACCAACCUGCCACCGCUAUUUACAGCACUGAGACAGUGAACGACGGGCGUUUCCACACAGUGGAGCUGGUGACCUUUAACCGGAUGGUGAACCUGUCCGUGGACGGAGGAGAGCCGACGACUCUGGACAGUCAGGGCCGGAGCCAGCUGGCGACAGGGGAGGCCCCUCUGUAUGUGGGAGGUAUGCCAGAGGAGGUGAUGCCGGCCUCCCUGGCUCUCUCCUCUCAGACCCUCAACGUGUCCAGUUUCCACGGCUGCAUCAGGAAUCUUUACAUCAACCACGAGCUGCAGGAUUUCACCCGCAGCCACAUGAAGCCCGGGGUGGUGCCGGGCUGCCAGGCCUGCCGCAAACUCUACUGCCUCCACGGCGUCUGCCAACCCAAUGCUGCACAGGGUCCCCAGUGUCACUGUCAGACAGGUUGGACAGGACAACACUGUGACCAGCCAAUAACAGGAGCCCUUACUGGAGUGGAUGUUGUCACCACGGCAACCGGUGUGUCUCCGUGUGAAGGCAGCAAGUGUGUGAAAGGUGUGUGCGUGGUGCUGGAUGCGCAGACGUACCGCUGCGACUGCGAGGAGGGAUACCGUGGCGCGCUGUGUAACCUGCAGGGGGAGCCGGCGGGGUCCUGCCAGGGCCUGCAGUGUCUGCACGGCCAGUGUCGGGAGACGGAGGAGGGAGAGCGCUGCAUCUGUGAGCAGGGAUACACCGGAGAGAGCUGUGAUAUAGAGUCCCCGUGUCGAGGUGAGCCGGUGAGAGACUACCACCGGCUGCAGCGCGGCACCGUCCUCUGCCAGACCUCCAAACCUUUCUCCUGGGUCGAAUGCCAGGGUCGGUGCCAGGCGGGGACCGAGCCGGGUGUCGCUGCCGCCGCCGCCGCGCCCUGCUGCGCUCCCCUGAGGGUCAGACGCCGGCGGCUCACCUUCGAAUGCGACGACGGGACCUCGUUUACGCAGGACGUGGAGAAGCCUGUGGAAUGUGGCUGCAAGGAGUGUGUGUAGUGCUGCGGAUGUAAUGGUGCGCACAUAUACACACAGUCACACACACACACACACACACACACACCAAGCUAAAGAGGUACACACACUGUAGGGAUCCUAUCACUGAUAAACAGACAUUCUCGGUGUUUGUUUUGUGUGUUUUUUGCGCACAGACGCAGUUUUGUAACAUAAGACAGUUCUUCCCUCUCGAGACAUGAAAUCAACGAGUCAACCUCAUCGUCAUCUUCCUCUUCUUCACCUGCUGCGGGGACACCUGCGCGCUAACUACCUAACUCCAGCUCAUUCUUAAUACUCGUGUGUUGAAAAGCCUCCAUAUGCCUUCUCGUACGUGUCUCUGAUGUGUGGCUGGUUAAGUGCUGCUCUUCAUUCCCUCACGGUCGCAGGAAACAAAGGUACUAAGUCUCAAGUCGCUUGUGAAGCAAAAGGUUUCACAGGUAAAUCUGACACUCUCUCAGACAAAGUUCACGCAGACCUGACUCCUCCUAUUUCUACUACACUGAUAAGGGAUUAAGCAUCAAGUCCUCAGUUUGUUCUUCCAGUUGUGAUUGAAGUACAGGUGCGUGGAAAGUUCCCUGUCCAAAUAAAUGUAAUUAAAAAAACCGAUAAGCUGAACAGGCCUUUAAAGACGAGUCAGGUUACAUUUAAAGGUAAGAUGCUCAUUUCAUAACAUUUUGGAAUAUCGUGCACCUCGCUGGCAGCAAAACCUGCGGUAACGCUUCAGCUAUUUAAAAUCUGAAAUAUAAUCCAGGUGGAGUCUGUUAACGUCUGCGAUCCACAACGUUCAAAUCAUCACAUCUGCUGCUGUCAGUUGACAAAUACUUUGUUUAAUAUUCAUAAAUAAAAAUGGACGCUGUCGUCUCGUUCCACUUCCUCUAACAUGACAUGAGCACAGCCGAAAGGUCAGAGGUGACGGAGUUCACGGGGGACAGCAGAAGGGGUUGUGACACGUUCCCAUCGCUGCUCACCAGACGCCCUUUCUCCCAGUGUAGACGGGUGGGUGGGGGCGGUGUGUUUGUUCUUGUCCUUCUAUCUUUGUGAGGACUGUUUUAGUAACCUUCAGAGGGAGGUCAUGUUUUUUUAAAAGAGCUGGUUUAGGGAAUUAGGUUAAAGUUGGGGCUGGGGAUUAAGCCUCACUACUUUUUCAGUACUGAUCAAAAUGUGUUUCCAGCGCUGGAAUGUUAGCAUGCUAACCACCUAGCCGUUACUCUGCUGGUCCGUCUCGUUACUUUCCGAUAGUGACUCACUGUAGCGUCGAGUUCUAUUUUUAAAUGCACAUUAUUGAGUAUUAGCGGUUUGGUUGAACGUGUGAUUUUCCUACACUUUAAGACAUCCAUUGGUUUCCUUUCAUUUCUGUAGAAUAUGAAAAAGUUUGGGCAGACAACCGGAGCUUGUUUGAGUUAAGUAACGUGAACAUGAACAUUAAUUUUGUCAAACUUUAUGCAGUUUAAGAGCAAACUGAUUUGAAUAUCCUGCACUGUAUUACUUCUAGUGUCACAAAGAUUAUUUUUAUUUACUUUGUUGAGUAAUUGUUUGCCCAUGAAAUGUCAGAAAAUAGAAGAAAAAUCUGAGAUUUGAGUUUGAUUUCAUAUAAGAAGCAUCAAAUCUUCACAUCUGAGGAGCUGAAACCAGCAAAUAUUUAGCAUUUCAGCUUUAAAAAAUAAAUAUUAGAUUAUCAAAAAGCUCUAAUUACCUCACAGCAAUCAUGUAAGUUUGACCAAAAUAAAUGUAAACAAGCAAAGAAGCAAAUUUCAGGACUCUGCUAAUGGAUUUUUAUGUUGCACAGAAAGAAUAGAAACCACUGAGUGUCUGAAACGGUAAACGGUAAAUGGUUUGUUAAAUUAAGAAAGUUUGUUUAUAUUCCUCAAAAUAAGAAGGGUUAAGGUCACAGGCUGCAGAACGUAUGAUGUGAAUGAAGGUCCUCACAAGUAUAGAAGUACAGAAAUGUGUGUGUGUGGUUGUGUGUGUCAUUGUAAGACGCCGUCCCCCGAUAAUGAGCCUCAUUAUACGACGAUGCAGCAACGUUUGUUCCGAUCAAACUGCUUCCUCUCCCCGUUUGUCAGAAGAGCCAGUGAACGCAUCACACACAAAUUGCCACACAGAAAAUGUAGCUUUUAUAUAUGAUGACAUGUAAUUUAUAUGGAUGUGAAACUAAAAUAAAAGGUGUGUAAUAUUAAGUUUUAACAUGUUUUUAUUUGUUUUAUUUUUGAGGUGUUUUUUUUCCAUAAAGGCCGAGUUGUGUCAUAAAUCAGAAUUAAACUAAUGUAGCUUUUAUUAUUAUUAUUAUAACUGCAAUACAUCUACACACAGUAGCAGCCUAACAGAUUGUAAUAUAUAUUAUAAGCUUAUAAUGCGAUUUUUUGAUUUUGUCAUAGUAUUUUUAUAUGUUGAAGAUGAUGUUGUCUCUGUAUCAUCUGUAGACUGUAGAGAAAUCUUUGUUUUCAGUUGCCAGAAAAAAAAAAAAAACAGAAAAAGUUUCCAAACCAACUGUGCAUCAUUCAUAGAAAUUUUACAACAACAAAAAAAAAGAAAAAAUAUCAGAUAGUGUUUCGGUUCAUGAUGUCUCGCCUGAGUGGAGACGACAAGUAGUGCUUCUUUUUCCUAUUUAUUUAAAUAAAGAGCUGUUUCUCCUUCA